AUGCCAUACGAACGUUAUGUCAGAGAAAAAAUUUUAAAUCCGCUUGAUAUCAAAGUUGGCGAAGCAGGUUUUCGGCUUUCAGAUAUUCAUCAUAAGGAAAGAUUGGUUGAACAUUAUGCAUUCAAUGCAUCCUACUUGAAAGAAUGGAGGCGACAAUUACCACAGUUAGAUGUUACGCAAAGCAAUGUUACUAAUUGGCUUCACAUUCCAUUCUUUAGCAUACCAGACUAUCCUUCCGGUCUUAUGCGAAUGUCAGCUGUUUCUUUGUCUUUAUUUCUACGCAUGUUUAUGAACAAUGGAUCUUCUUUAUUGCAUCCUCAUUCAAUUGUUGAAAUACGAACAUCGGUUGACGGUGUCGUUCCUUACCAAAAUCUUCACUCACCCAGUAAUCAAUCGCCACUACCACCUCCAAAAUAUGGUCUCAUUUGGAACUGGCAAACAAUGCCUGAUGGCCGUCGUUUCAUUGGUCACAAUGGUGUAAUGCCUGGUGCCACGAACUUAAUGGUGAUCAACGAACAGGAUACUAUUGGUAUAAUUUUUCUUU